AUGGAAUUUGAUAAUGGUAAACAGCAUCAAAGCGGAAAAUUUCGAGAGCUGAAGUUGGUUGCAUUUUUUGCUCUAUGCCUCAUACUAAUCUCUCCUGCUGAGGCCUUUGAUCCAUUGGAUCCAACUGGGAAUGUGACAAUAAGAUGGGAUAUCAUGUCUUGGACAUCAGAUGGUUAUAUGGCAACUGUAACAUUAUUUAACUUUCAACUAUACCGAAACAUUAUGAACCCUGGAUGGACAUUAGGAUGGACAUGGGCCAAGAAAGAAAUCAUAUGGGCUAUGAUGGGAGCACAAGCUACAGAACAAGGAGAUUGUGCAAAGUUCAAGAUAAAGAUUCCUCAUAGCUGCAAAAGAAGUCCUCAAGUUGUUGAUUUAUUACCCGGUGCUUCUUUUAAUAUGCAAUACACAAACUGUUGCAAAGGUGGUGUGUUGACAUCUUGGGGACAGGACCCUUCCGGUGCAGUCGCAGCAUUUCAGAUGGGUGUAGGACUCUCAGGAAGAUCUAAUAAGACUGUUAAACUACCUACGGAUUUUAAAUUGCUUGGACCGGGACCGGGAUAUUCGUGUGGUCCUGCUAAGAGAGUUCCUUCAACUGUUAUUCUUACCGAUGAUCGUAGAAGAAAAGCUCAAGCUUUGAUGUCCUGGAAUGUGACAUGCACUUAUUCACAAUUUCUUGCCUACAAGAAUCCAAGUUGUUGUGUUUCUUUAUCAACUUUCUACAAUGACCAAGUCACAGCUUGCCCUACCUGUGCUUGUGGUUGUCAGAACAAUGCUACUUGCGUCACGAAAGAAUCAAAGAUCCUGAAAGAAGUUGAUGGAAAUAACAAGACUAGAAAGAGUGAUAUCACACCAAAACCAUUGUUACAAUGCACACGCCACCUUUGUCCUAUUCGUGUUCAUUGGCAUAUAAAAGACAACUAUAAGGAUUAUUGGCGUGUGAAAAUUGCAAUCAUCAACUUCAACUAUAGACUGAACUAUACACAAUGGGGUCUUGUUGUGCAACACCCUAAUCUCAACAAUGUUACACAAGUUUAUAGCUUUGAAUACAUGCCACUUCUUCCUUAUCAAGCCAUAAAUGACACAGGUAUGUUCUAUGGUUUGAAAUACUACAAUGAUCUGUUAAUGGAAGCUGGUGCUAAAGGGAAUGUACAAUCUGAGGUACUUAUGAAAAAGGAUAAGAACACAUUUACAUUACAACAAGGAUGGGCUUUUCCUAGAAGAGUAUACUUCAAUGGUGAUGAAUGUAUGCUGCCACCACCUGAUUCAUACCCUUUCUUGCCAAAUUCUGCUUAUAGGCUGCCAAUUAUAUCCAUAACAGUCUAUGUCAUAUUUGCAUCAGUUUUCAUGUAA